CCUCCCCUCCGCUCUCCACCACUGUACGUCCAACAUCCCAAACAAUGUCCAAACCCAAACCCCAGUCCCCAUGUUCGCCUCUGCAACUCUCUCCCCUCUCCUCUCCGUCCCCCAUUACCCUAACCCUAAACCUAACCAUAGGUCUAAACUCUCCUUCACUCGCCGCCACUUGCUUUUCCUCUCCACCUCCUCCCUCUCCGUCCCCUCCCCUCUCUCCUCCUCCGCCAUACCCCAGCCCCCUCCCCCUCCCGACACCACCGUUACCGACCGCGUCUACAUGGAUUUUAGCAUCUGCCCCACCUCCUUCCGCCCAGAAGCCGACGAUUGUCGGGAUUCUCUCCCGCUCGGCCGCCUCGUCAUCGGCCUCUACGGCCACCUAGUCCCGCUCACUGUUUCCAAUUUCAAGGCCAUGUGCACCGGCUCCUCCGGCUCCUCCUACAAGAACACUCUUGUUCAAAAAAUCUUCCCAGGUCAGUUCUUCGUUGCGGGCCGUCAAGGCCGCCGCGACAAGGGCGAGGUUCGACCGCCCUUGGAUUUGGCGCGAAACACCGAGACUGUUGAUUCUAGGGCUUUUGCUCUCCGGCAUUCAAAAGCCGGUGUUGUUUCUCUGUGUUUGUCGGAGAACGAUGAUGAUGAUGAGAUUAAACUUAAUCCUGAUUACCGAAAUGUCGAGUUCUUAAUCACCACCGGACCUGGGCCCUGCCCUCAACUCGACAACAGGAACAUUGUUUUCGGGUCUGUGCUUGAAGGGUUGGAUGUCGUUACAGCCAUAGCUUCCAUCCCCACAUACAAGCCCGCCGAGCGAAUUCGCCAAUUAAAUGAUUUGGCAGAGUUUCUUGGAGAUGAUAGAGCACCGAUUGCCCGAGCUACGUGGAACAAGCCUCUUAAAACUGUUUACAUCAGUGACUGCGGAGAGCUCAAAGUGACAAAGCCUUCCCUUUCUCCUCCUAGUCUGCCAUAAAUGCAAUUUUCCACUCAUGUACACUCAAUGGCCGCCUGCAUUUUGUAAAUUACUCCCAUGUAUUGCUCUUUUCUUCUCAAGAAGGGAUUUGUUGUAAGUUAACUGCAUAAAGAGAAGAACAAAAAAAGGGAGAGAUUUAGGGAAACAUUUGAUGCAUCAAAUUUAUUUGAAUGCUACAUGGUUCAAAUCAUUGCACGAA